AGAGCGAGGGAGAGAGAGGGGGAGAGAGAGAGAGAGAGAGAGAGAGAGAGAGAGAGAAACGACCCGAGAAGUGAGAUCAGCUCGGUCGGCGCAGCCUCAUCCACAACCGAGCAGAAUCAAGGAGAGGAGAGCGGAAGGACAUUCCACCUUCUCAUCCGUACGCACGGAGAUUUUGCGCCUCCUCCGUCCUCCAUCCGUCUGUCCAGCUUCUUCCCUCCCGCCUCUCUCUCUUCCCUCCUCUUGCCUUGGGUAUGAUGAGCUCCAGCCUUCUUGAAAACCCGGUGCAGGCGAUUCUGUACCUGCGGGAGCUCACCACCAUCGUCCAGAACCAGCAGAGUCUCAUCCAGACUCAGCGCGCCCGGAUAGAGGAGCUGGACCGGCGGGUGGACGAGCUGAUCGGCGAGAACAGGCACCUGCGGGACGUCAGGGUACAGCAGCAGCAUCCCUACCAUCACCACUACCAUCAUCAUCACCCCGACCCCAGCUGCCUUCAUCAUCACCACCACCCUCAGGACCCCCAGUUCAAGACCAGUGGAGGGUCUCUGCCAGAACAUGCAGCUGCACCAGCACAGGUCGAGGCGGCUCCGGCUGUCCAGCCCUCGCCUCAACAACCUAUGGACCCAGGGGACAUGCAGCUGGUCCCGGCGGACCCGUCCACUAUUUCCCCGGUUGAAAGUGAGUCAGAAAACGGUGGAAGUUGCCAAAGCUGCCGCUCUCUGGUUCCGAUGACCCCGACAACCCUCUGUCGAUCCCUGGCCCUGGCUAGGAAAUCCGAGAGUGAGACCGUGCUGCAUCAGUUUUGCUGCCCCGCCCCUGAACAUCCAGAAACUGACACCACUGGCUCAUCAGGUGGACAGAUGCUGAGUCUGGAGGAUGGAACUUCUUCUGGUAGCGGACAGGAAGCAGAGGGGACCAAGAGAGAGGGACCAAGCGAAUACGAAAUCACCCUGGAGAAUAAAAACAAACAGAUAGAAGAGUUGGAGCAGAAAUAUGGAGGUCAUCUCAUAGCAAGGCGAGCAGCCCGUCGUAUCCAGACAGCCUUCCGUCAGUAUCAGCUCAGCAAAAACUUUCAGAAGAUCCGCAACUCGCUGUCGGAGAGUAAGCUGCCUCGCCGGAUCUCUCUGCGCCAACCCAGCCCUUCAGGCCGGAAUAGGAAUACAGCCCAGAGACACAGUUACAGUCUGCAUCCAGGAGGAGGACAAAUACCCUUACGGUCUAAAACUCCUCCUCCACCUCCGUGCCGCUCCACCUCUCUACCGCCAUCUCCUGCAUCGGCCCCAGCAGCCGCCCCUUCUCCUGCCCCAGGCCCAGCCCCACCUCCAACCUCUGGACCCUCACUAACACAGCUGGAGGACUGCUUCUCCGAACAACUUCACUCCUUGGCACAGUCGAUUGAUGAGGCCCUUCGUGGUUGGAGCUUGUCAGAGAGUGGAGAAGGGAAGGGGCUGCUGAUGGACCCCGGGGCCCUUCGUGCAGCUGCUGAGAGCGCCUGUUUGCCCCGCAGUGCCAGUUCGCUGCUCAUGGCCUUCAGGGAUGUUACUGUUCACAUCGACAGCAAUAGCUCCUACACCAUCUCCUCUGCCACCACGACAACCACCACCUCUCUGGGCAACGCAGGAGGAGAAGCAGGCAGCAGGAAGACCUCGGUGAGCGGGAUGGCCGGGGGAGGAGACGGGCAGUCAGCGGAGGAGCUUGAGUUUCCUGCACCUCCACCCAGUGAGGAGCUGGAAAUGGUUGAUCCAGGAUCCAGGAGGGGUUCGGCGGUGCCAGCUGCAGGGGGAAUGGAGGGGGAGAGCGGCUCAGACAGACUGGGGUCCACCUCUACUUCUACCUCUACCUCCACUUCAAUCUCCACCUCGGCCCAGUCUAAUCAGCAGCCUGCUCAGAUUUACACCCAGUACCAGCAGUACCAUUACACUCAUCCUCAGCAGAUCCCCGGGGGUCCGAGCCCCGAGGCCCUGCAGGCCCUGGUUGUCUCCCUGCCUAGGGACCGCUGCCAGGAUCCGGUCUCUUGCCGCUCGCCGACCCUGUCCACUGAUACGCACCGCAAACGCCUCUACCGCAUCGGACUCAACCUCUUCAAUGUGAACCCAGAGCGAGGCAUCCACUUCCUGAUCACGCGUGGAUUUGUCCCGGACACGGCCAUUGGAGUGGCUCACUUCUUGCUGCAGAGGAAGGGCCUGAGCCGACAGAUGAUUGGAGAAUUCUUGGGAAAUAGCAAGCUGCAGUUCAACAGAGAUGUUCUUGACUGUGUCGUGGAUGAGAUGGAUUUCUCUGGCAUGGAGCUUGACGAAGCCCUGAGAAAGUUCCAGGCUCAUGUCCGCGUUCAGGGAGAAGCACAAAAAGUGGAGAGACUCAUCGAAGCCUUUAGUCAGAGGUACUGUAUGUGCAAUCCUGAUGUGGUGCAGCAGUUUCACAACCCAGACACCAUCUUCAUCCUGGCCUUCGCUGUGGUCCUCCUCAACACUGACAUGUACUCGCCCAACAUCAAACCCCAGCGCAAAAUGGGCCUCGAUGACUUCAUACGCAAUCUGAGAGGUGUGGAUGAUGGAGCGGACAUCCCCAGGGAGAUGGUUGCUGGCAUUUAUGAGAGGAUCCAGCAGAGAGAGCUGCGCUCAAAUGAAGACCAUGUCACAUACGUGGGCCGUGUGGAGCAGUCUAUCCUGGGCCUGAAAACUAUCCUCGCUGUGCCCCACAGACGUCUGGUGUGCUGCUGUCGUCUGUUUGAGGUGCCUGAUGCCAACAAACCUCACAAACAGAAACUGUCCCAGCUCCAGAGAGAGGUCUUCCUCUUCAAUGACCUGCUGCUGAUCCUCAAGCUGUGUCCCAAGAAGAAAAGCUCAGCCUCAUACACCUUCUGCAAAGCUAUGGGGCUCCUGGGAAUGCAGUUUCACCUCUUCAGCAAUGAAUACUAUGCUCAUGGUAUCACCAUGCUGAGCCCGUUUACCUCAGAGAAGAAGCAGCUGGUGAGUUUCUGUUCGCCGAGCGGAGAAGAGCUCAGGAAGUUCGCCGAAGAGCUCAGAGAGGCCAUCGCAGAGGUCAACGAGAUGGAGCAGAUACACAUCCAGUGGGAGUUGGAGAGGCAGCAAGGCAUCCAGCCACACGGCUUACACACCAACGGCGGUCAAGUGGACACACACACCGGACACGGCUCCCCCUCAGGCCAGCAGGAUGCCUACGAUAAAACCGGCAACAACAACACAGUGGAGGUGUCAAUUCACAACAGGCUGCAGACCUAUCAGCUGAGCCAGCCCAGCAUUGAGUCCACGCCUCUGGCCCUGGCUGCACCUCCCGCCCUGCUCAGCCCCGUCCCGGCCGGAGAGCUCCGUCCAGAAACACUCAUCCAGUGUCAGCAGAUCGUCAAGGUGAUCGUCGUGGACCAGAGCGGGCGAGGGCGGAUGGAGGCCUUCCUCAGCCAAGGCCCGGCCACCCAUCAGCUUAUCCAGUCAGCCCUGUCGACGCCGGUCCGCAUCCGAGAGGGGGACGGCCCCCAGCCCCCACUCCCGCCUCCCCCUCCACCUUACAACCACCCUCACCAAUUCUGCCCCCCUGACUCCCCCAUGCCCCUUCACCACACCAUGCCUCUCACCCGCAGGCGCAACUCCAGCGGCUCCCGCAGCAUCGUUUGAGUCAUCAGCUAUUUCGUGAACCCUGUGGGGUCAGACGCAGCCCUCACACGCAACAACACAUACAUGCUGGAGCACAUUCGACUUGCUUUGAAUCGUAAGAUAAAGGCAGUGCAAAAAAACAAACAAGAAUAUACUGUAUGAGUCGAAGGAAAAGGACACCAGGAAUCAAUUUGGGUCUUGACAGAGCUGUGUUGUUUUUGGAGUAGCUUUGAUGGGAUUUCUGAACUUUUCUUCUUUCCUUUGUCUCCAACAUGUCACCUGGUAGCUGAUGUCUGUCUAGAUUUCACACUCUUCAAGGGUUAUCUCAACUUUGCAUUCCUAAAUGUCACCUGUCCAGCAAAUGUGUCUGUGAGCUUUGACUGUGAAAUCAAGAGUGUCAGAAAAGCAGCCCCGGCGUCCCUGAAAGGACACGAGAUCACUUUCAAUGGGAAGGACAAAAUUACAUUUUUUUGAUUUCUUUCAGGAUAUUGAUGUUGACGUCUUUCAUUGGUCCAGGUUUCAGCAUUUCAUACCACACUCAGAGGGGAAUCCUUUCAGCACAGCUAAUCUAGCUUCUCUAUACUAUAAUCGUUAUUUUUCUCAUCUCUGCAUAAUGUGAAGAAACAAGAGUACCAGCUUAUUUGUUCCUUCAUUUUCCAGGGAACAGAUAAUUAUGCGUGAAGUAGAACGUGAAGAAAAAGCUAAAUGGCUCUCUACUGUGUCAUGUACAGUACAAGUGUAGCAAAGGGAGGAUGCUGCUACCCGCUAAACUAACCUAAAACGAUAUCCUGACGACAAUCACGUGUCUGUACUUCAUUGUUGUGCUAAACUUGUGCAGGCUGAUAUGCUCACAGUAGUGUGUCAGAGGCCUGAUUCUGGUGAGUUGUUCUCUCACAGAGCUCAGGAAAGAGUCUGCUGCACUGCAAUAUAGAACACUGUAACUGCACCUCUGAGCUGUACUGAGAGCAGAGUGCUUGUGUACUGUGUGUUCAGUCUGCUUACUCACGGGCAUCAGGGAGUCGGGCUGGUAAUUCAUCCAAGACGAGGCUAAAACAGACAGAUGAAGCCUUUCCCCUCCUGUACAUUUACUCCUAAUGGGUUAUCUAGUGUGAAUAUUGAUGUUACCUUUGGUUUUAGGCAACAUUCCUGUCCAGAAAACUCUUUUGUUAUUUUUUAAGCUUUAUUUUAAAAAUGAAGUAAAACUACUCCACAGAGUAGACCAAGGUCACCUCACAAAAGCAUCCCUCCCCUCUCACCUAUUAUAUUUUCCUUAAGCAAUGAAAAUAUUAUAUAAGCAGAGAUGCAUUUCUGUACUGAAUGUUAAAUCAGGGGGAAAAACUGAAGAUGUCUAUGGAAAUAAUUAUUGAUUUCAUCACUGUGUCGUCUGUCCAGUGUCGAUGGUUUCGAGCUUGAGCCAGUUUGUACAGCACAUCACGAGUCAUCCGACCGAGACAUACCGAACACGUCCUGUACCUUUUGCACCACAGAAUAUAUUGGAUAUAUUGUAAAUAGAUAAUAUAGAUUUAUUCUGAAAAAGUGAUUGGUUUGCCCAGUGUGUGUAUCUACGUAUGUAUUUGUACAGAGAAAAACUCUAGUUUAAAAGAAAAAACAGAUAUUAUAGUUAUCAUAGCGAUUAUUAUUAUUAUUAUUAUUCUUCACACGUAAUAUCAGGGGGUGUCCUAAAUGCUACUGCUGUGAGAGAUGGGAAACAGGCAGCUUUUAUAGAAUACACUCCAGUUACCAUGGUAACAAACACUGACAUUAUUACAGAUUCAUCAUUAAAUUACCAUGUCAUGUUAUUACAGGAUUAUUAAGAGAUGGCUGUGUCACCUGUUCAGGUGUGUAAAGGGCUAUGCUGUAUUGGUGAAUACGUACAGUAAAACCACAAGUUACGCACACACAAAUGCACACACAUAUGCAGUCACACACAGAUAUAUCAGCAAGUGCACACAUGCUCACACGCCCACACACUCUAAUGUACACAAACACGCACAUAGCUGCCAAAGCAACAAAUUCAGCUUAAAUUUACCUUAGAACCUGCUUGAUUUCUCAAGUCAGCGGCCCCACUUUGUUUACUGUAAACUCUGACUGACUCGUGUUAUACCGCAUGAUAUUUUUUUGUUUCGUUUUUAUUUUGUUGUUUUUUUUAAUAUUAUUUACAGUACACGGGAGGAGUUUGAUUCUAUGUUUGUAUCAUUAUUGUCAGGGCAUGUUGGGUUGAUUGAUGUCAUUUUCUCCUCUCUCUGCUUCCUCCCUCCUUUUUCUGCCCUUACCCCCUGCUUCUCCGUGGUUGUCAUGGAGAUGCACCAAUCUGCAUCCUCACUGUGGAGCACUGUCAUUAAUCUUUGCACCCUCACAGUAUUUCUAAAAAGGAGAUUUCUUAAAGAUCAACAUGUUUACUAAUGGAAUUUCUAAAUUUUUUCUGUUUGAAGAGAAUGAAAGAAUAAAGUAGUUUUUACUCUC